GAUUGCAAUUGUAUGCUUUGAGAGCGGCAUUCGGUGUGCUUCUAAUGCAAGAUAUAUAGUGUUUAUUAAAAAACUACGUUGUUUUGUACCGUUUAGUAGGAUUAUUUUCUAAACAAUCAUUUCAAAAUGACUUUUGGCAAAAACAAUAAAAUGGUUCAGCACCUGAACUACAGAGUGCGCAUCAUACUGCAGGAUUCACGAAUAUUUAUUGGGACAUUCAAAGCAUUCGACAAACAUAUGAACUUAAUACUUGGGGAUUGUGAAGAGUUCCGACGGAUUCGUUCUAAAAACCAAAAACUGCCAGAACGCGAAGAAAAGCGAGUGUUAGGCUUUGUGUUACUGAGAGGGGAAAAUAUUGUUUCAUUAACUGUUGAAGGUCCACCUCCACCAGAAGAAGGACUACCGCGUGUUCCAGUUCCAGGAAGUGGUCCAGGCCCAGGUAUGAGUCGCGCAGCCGGUCGUGGCGUUCCGGUUAACAUGGCGACAGUGCCAGCAGGUCUAACUGGGCCUGUACGUGGCGUAGGCGGCCCAGCUCAACAACAUAUGGCACCCGUAGGCAGGGGCAUACCCCGUGCACCUAUGAUGGGAGGACCACCACCAAUGCGUGGACCACCACCAAUUCGUGGGCCUCCGCCUAUGCGUGGCCCACCACCGCCAAACUAUUCGAUGCCACCAUACUAAGCACUAUUAAUCAACUAUAACUUAGUCUAUAAAACUAUGUAACUGAAAUACUUGAUUUGUGCAAGUAUAUUUAUACGAAAACCGUUCUGUACUACAGGCGUCACAUAAAUUGAUUUGGAAUAUAGAAAAUUGACAAAAUGACUGAUAGUGAAGUGCAGUAAAUAAAUUUUUUUAAAAAGUUGGAA